CCGCAUGCGCGAGCACAUGAGGAAAAGUGUCAGCCAUCAUUUUAUAGAUCUUUCAUCUCUGUGUAGUUUGUCUUUAUCCAUGAAAGACAACAGUUAAACAUAAAUUAGUCAAUAUCAAAUAAUAAUAGUAUGGCAGAUUAUGGAGACGCUAACCCUUUUGCAGAUCCUGAGGCGGCAAACCCCUUCGAGGACCCUUCAGUAAAACAAGCCAGAGGACAGAGGCAAGCAGGAAUGGAUGAUUACAAUCCAUUUGCUGAUGGUGGAACUAAACCAGCUGCUGCUCAGCAGCCUCAAGUUCCAGCCCCCCAGAGGCCACAACCAGCCACCACCCAGCCUGCCGUGAUGCAGCCGUCAGAGCCACCAGCAUACACCCCAACUCCAGCACAGAGUGUCAGCACUGAUGACUUACAGAAGAGACAAGAGGAAUUGGAAAGGAAAGCAGCAGAACUGGCAAGGAAGGAACAGGAAAUGCGCUCAAUGCAGUAUGAUGCACGGGCAAACAACUGGCCUCCACUACCAAAAUGGUGUUGUGUAGGUCCCUGUUUUUACCAAGACUUUAAUGUGGACAUACCAUUAGAAUUCCAGAGAAUUGUGAAGCUACUUUAUUAUCUAUGGAUGUUCCAUGCAUGUGUGCUUGUCCUCAAUGUGCUGGGUAGUCUUGCUUAUUUCAUCUCUAAGUCCAAGGAUCCAAGCGCUAACAGCAGUGGAGCAGGAGUGACUUUUGGACUGUCCAUAUUGUUCUUUAUUCUAUUUACUCCUUGCUCAUUUAUCUGCUGGUACAGACCCGUCUAUAAAGCAUUCAGGAGUGACAGUUCCUUCAACUUCUUUGUCUUCUUUUUUGUGUUUUUUAUUCAAUUUGUUGCCCACAUAAUUGAAUGUCUCGGAAUUGACAGUGCUGGAUCUGUUGGAAUUAUCUCUGCCUUGAGCAUUGUUUCAUUGGAUCCAGCCACAGGAGCAAUAAUGUUUGUUGUUGGCAUACUAUUUGCAUUGAUGGGCCUAUUUGAUAUUAUCUUACUUAUUAAGGUCCAUCGUAUCUACCGUUCCACGGGGGCUAGUCUUGCCAAGGCCCGGCAGGAGUUUGCCACUGGGGUAAUGAAGAAUGAGACAGUCCAAGGUGUGGCUGCUAACGCUGGGGCUGCUGCUGCCAGAGGAGCAUUUGCAGCAGGAACAGAAAACAGAUACUAAAAUAGACUGGACACGAGUGUAAAAAAAAAAACAUCAGCUCAAGAAGAGAGAACCACUAUGAUCCUAGGAAUUUGAGGAGAACAAAAAAUAAUAAAUUAAAGGGAAAAAGUGGCAAAACAAAGAGUCUUAGUUGUUAGAAAGUUGUUAAAAAGCCCUGGUGACCUGGAUGUGCUUCUGGCAGGGCACAGUGUAUAUCAUUGUACAUAGCUAAACUUGUAGGGGCUGAUGUGUCGUAUGUUAGGGAAAACAAGGGCCAUAGUGGAUAUGUUGUUGGAUGCUGCUAUUGUACACGUGUCUGCUUUGAAAGGGGGGGGGAUGAUUAGAACUACAGAUUUAUUAACAUAAAAGACAAUAAGAACCCUCUGUAUUUUAUCUUGCAAUGUCUAUUGAGGACUUGUUAUGCAAAACAAGUACCUAAAAUCACAAUCAGCUAGUUAAUACAUUUUGUAGUUCAAUUUGGGUUUAUAGGCACGUUUUGAAAAAAUAGUAUGUAUAGUAUCUGUAUCAGUUAAUGUCACAUGGUUUGUGGGGCAUCCAUGUCAUUUUGUGACUACUUGAUGUUAAUAGGGUACACAGUAUUGUUCAAAGUUUUCUGCUUCAUUUUUUUCAAACUGAAGAAAGGUUAUAGUUUAAAAGGAAUUUGAAUACUUUCAAGUUGAAUUUAUUUUGAACUGUUGAAUACAUUUAUAUCAUAUAUUGGUAGUUUCCAGAGAUAAGAAAAAUGAGCUUAGUUAAUACUUUGUUAAGGGAGUUCUAAGCAUGUGUUUGUUAUUUCAGAUAUUUCAGAGAGAGUGUAGGAUCUGAGUUGGCUAAUAUAAUAUAUAUCAAUAUGUGCAGAAACAGCUAUUCACCAUAUAGGUACUUUGAAUGAAGGUCAUAGUUUCAAAAACCAGUAAGCAAGAAUUUUGAUAAUGUGACCCAGGUUAGAUUUUUUCUAAGAGGUGAAGGUACAUAGACAUUUUUCCUCUGAUCCCAAUCUAGUUGCCAUGCUCAUCAUUUAAUAACAUCAAUUGUGAAUGUUUUGAAUUUACCUUGUAUUAAAUAACUGGGGACAUAUAUAUAAAAUGCCAAUGUUCUUGUUCAAUCUGCUGUAGCCAGUGCAUGGCUCUUGGUAGAAUAUAUAUGAAGAUUUGUCACCAGUUUUAUUUGUUAAUAUUGUUUUCAAAUGAUAAUGUUGUUUUUUUGGUAUUCCAGUGCUUUAGAAAAAAAACAUCCAACACGUCCCCACAAUUAGCAGCAUAUUUGCUAGAAUCUGAGAAGAUUGACUCUGGUACUUGAUGAAACUAUAUAACAGCAUAUCACCACUCUGUAAAUAUUUGAACCAACAGUAGAACAUAAACAUCAGUUCAUUGGCCCUUGGUUUGAUCUUUUAUUAACACCGAUGCUUCUUUUAUCAUUCCAGAAAAGUUAUAACCUGUACGCAUUCAGCAUCAGAAUUAUGAAUUUGAUGCUUUUUUUGCUUUGAAAGUGUUAGUUCUGGAAUCUCUUCCAAAAGUAAUUGUAAAUGAGGUUUGUCAGCCUAGACAUCCUCAGGGUUUCUUCCAUUGACACUGUCAGUAGAUUGAGGCAUGUCAAAAUUUGGAUGGGUAUUACAGACUUAAUUUGAAGCCUUUCUGAAAUAACUUCAUAGCACAAAAGAGUGGGGUACUACUGUAAUAGCUAGAAUAAUAUUAAUUUGUAUAUGGCUUCACGUCACACUAGAUGAUUUCCCUUUCCUAUGCAGUUCUAGUUUCAGUGUUGGAUUAUCUAAUAUGAACACUCCUAAUAGAAAAAAAUAUAAACAAAAUAUAGUAUUCUGUAAAUGAAUGCCAUUAAGAUUACAAGUGCAAAUAUUAAGGUUCCAUGUGAGUAAAUGUUAUUAGGCUAUUAACUUUGUUGUAUAUGCUGCACAUUAUCUUUAUUGUUAUUAUUUAUGUUAUUUCCAUUUUGAUGUAAAAAAAGUUUGGAUUUCAGACAUAAUGAGAAACCAAUGAAAGAAUAAAUGUGCAUAUGGAAAUA